AUGACAUCGCCGGAAGAUGCAUCUCCGGUCAAGCCUCCGCCAUCUUUCUCAGGAGCUCCCAUCGUCGUGCCGAAAUCGACGUAUUCUGCGGACACAAUACAGUCGCCUCGCACCUUCAGCUCUGAACCACGCGAUUCCCCCUCCAUAGCAGCAUCAACAGCGCAGCUGCCCUAUCGAAAUGAGUCGCCGUCCCGCUCUGCCUCCCCCAGCAGCAGGCUGUCCAGUUCGGUCUCCUUACCAAAUAGAGCAUCAAUUGGGUCCCCACUGGGAAGUCUGCCAGAUGGUGGGGACAACAUACGUUCAUUAAUCAUUCGUUCCUUCGCACCACCUAUUGCGAUCUUUGCGUCUGACGACACGGAAGAUUUGGUGAGACAAAAGGGGUUUAAUGGUGGCUUUCGAGAGCUUUUGAGACCAUUCGGCGAGAACAUCGCUGGCAAGGUCGUUGUACGAGAUAGCGUGGGAUCAAGUCGCGCAUGGGAGGACUACAGUGUUCACUUUGUGGAUUUGUACUCUCACAAGAACCAGCAAAUCGAUGCUACCUCCCCUCCGACAUCUCCCCUUGUCCUACUUGAAGAAGUCCUUCAAAGACGACUAGACUCGUUUGACGACUCGACACAUAGAUGGUCGCACUUCAACCAGACUCCGAUGACAAAUACUCCUCUCUCUUCUCCAUUUUAUCAACUGCUUUUACGUCGACUCUUAUCGGUCGACUCUCCCACACCACACGAAACUUUCUCUCAUCCAGUGGCAUGUGUCAUUACGAUCAGUUCGCGCAACAAGACUCCACUUGAAUCCCUUCGGCAACUCUACGCGCAAACUACCCAGGGCAAUAAAGCGCCGCUUCCUUACGUGCAUGCAGAAUUCCUUCGUUAUUAUGUCCUGGUCCACGACGAGGAUAGGGACGAUAUCGCCGAGUCUACAAAACUUUAUGACCAAAUGAAACGGCAUUUUGGGCUACAUUGCCACCUUCUCAGGCUGCGAAGUAACCAGUGUGUAGUAACUGAUGAUGACAGUAUGGAGGUUCCCUUAUGCGAAUGGCUUUCCCCGGAAGAAGAACUGUCGAAGAUAAACGAAACAAGCGCAUUAAUUGACCUUGGAACCGAGGCUGCUUACCUCUUUGAAAGCGAUGUCACUGCUAUCAAAACCCUUGUACGCGAAUUAGUAGUCCAAUCUGUUAUACCAUUCAUGGAAAAUAAAGUUGCCCUAUGGAACGACCAGGUAGCGUCACGUCGCCGUGGACUCAGCGGUCGAUUCAUGUCUAUGUCCCGAAGGUGGGCAGGAUUUGGAUCCGGUUCCAAAUCGAACUCCUCUGGGUCGGCCGGAAGUAUGACCGGAAACUAUGAUGCCAUGCAAGGCUUUUACAAGCCUGAGGUUCCAGAGGCAAUCUUACGAAAGUUGGGAGACUUUGCAUUCAUGUUGCGAGAUUACAAACUCGCCGCAUCUACUUACGACCUAGUCCGAUCAGACUAUUCUAAUGAUAAAGCGUGGAAAUAUCAUGCGGGGGCACAUGAAAUGUGCGCGCUGAGCAUGCUAUUGAAUCCUUUGUCAUCCACCGCAAAGAAUAAACUAGAAGGGAUUGAUCAAAUGAUUGACACCGCCUGUUACUCAUACCUCACUAGGUGUUCUGAUGCAGUGAACACCUUGCGAUGUCUAACAUUGUCGGUUGAAUUACUCAAAUCCAGGGGAGGUUCUGCCACCGAAGGAGCCGCGAGGUGGGCAAUGCGUGUCAUGGAGUUGGGGCUUACUGGGCCAAUUGGACAAGCUCUCUUCACUGAGCGUGUCUCAGCUUGCUAUGCAUCAAAGACAAGCACAGGGGGUGCUAGAUGGGGAUCUCGUCGCAGAAAGGCGGCAAUGUGGAGUAUACUGGCCAGCGAUUCCUGGUUAAAGCUAGGAAAGCCUGCAUUUGCCUCGGUGUGUUUAGAGGAUGCCGAUCGACUCUACGCAGAGGUCCUUGAGAAAGAUGGCAUCUUCUCGAUGCCAGACAUGCGGGAAUUUAUUGACAACCUCAAACACGCCGUUAAGGUCGAAUACCUGGAAUCUAAGGGAGUUGAUACUAGCGACGAGACUGUGGUCGCUAAACAACUGGGAACGGAAGAAACCAGCGAGAAACUGGACAAGCGGUCGAAUCGCAGAUCACUGAUCGUGACCUCGGCGCAGCUUGAAAACGGGCCUCUCAACCCGCUAAAACAUCAAGGAGAUGGACCCAAAUCUCUAGACGACGAUUUUGAAUAG